AUGGCGACGAUGAAAAGGCCUAGAGAUGGAGAUGAAGAUGAGGGCAGUUACCCAUCGAUCAGAAGGUGCAUUCCCAGGAGCCGCUUUCAUGGAGGUCUGGACACUUCUCAUGGUGUCACCUGGCUUCGCGGCCACAAGCUGGGCCAAGGAAGCUUUGCAUCCGUAUACUCUGCAACAUCCGCAUCAAAAUCACCGGUUGUUUUUGUUGAUGAUGAUGGCGGCAGUUGCAUCUUGCCCUCUGAAUUGGCCGUGAAAUCAGCGGAAAUCUCCAAAUCGUCAUCCCUCCGCAGCGAGAUGGAGAUUCUUUCUAAUCUGAAUUCGAGCUCGUAUGUAGUGCGCUGUUAUGGGGAUGAAAUCACAACGUCGGGUGAUGGAAAACUUUAUUACAACAUAUUGCUGGAGAAGUGUUGUGGGGGUAGUUUGCGUUGUCGGAUCAGGAAUUCUGGCGGCGUUGGAUUACCGGAAAAGGAGAUGAGGAGCUAUACUCGGGAUAUAGUUCGAGGACUUUGUUAUGUUCAUGGCCAUGGUUAUACCCACUGCGACAUCAAACCCGAAAACAUCCUGCUGGUGCCGACUUCUUGCAAUGGUUUGAGAGCGAAGAUCGGUGAUUUUGGGUUGGCCAAGAAAGAGUAUUUUGACCAUGAGGAAGAGAAUGAGGAUGACAAGGGAUGCGGUGGGUUGAGAGGUACGUAUCGGUAUAUGUCCCCUGAAUUAGUGGCAGAUAACAUGCAGUGUUGGCUUUCAGACAUAUGGGCCCUUGGUUGCGUCAUCAUAGAGAUGAUGAGUGGGAAGCUGGUAUGGAGUUGUGAACAAAUUGAUUCAGAUAUGAGAGAUGGGAAGCAACAAUUUGAUUCAGAUAUGAGAGACGUUUUGAUGCGGAUAGCUUACAGUACUGAGCUCCCUGAAUUUCCAAGUACCAUUUCAGAGCAAGGGAAGCACUUCUUGGAAAGGUGUCUUGACAGGGAUAUUGAUGAGAGGUGGUCAGCCCUGAUGCUCUUGCGCCACCCUUUUCUUUCACAAGAUGAUCCGAGAUUGUAA